AGUGAAAAAGCGGGAGUGACAGGUAAACAAGAAAACACUUCCCCAUACAUCCGCCUCCCAAUCCAUACAUCGCGGCAAAUUUUCAGUGGAAAAAAAUAGGUCGCCGAAUGAGGGGUCACUGCCGUUUUCUGUUUCCAGGUCACCAGUAGCAACAAGGAAGCAGGAAGAGAAUAUGAAGACAUCUGAGGAGGUGGUACUGGUAACGGAGGAGUAGUAGUGAUGUCAGUGCAGGGUGCAUUUAGAAUGAAAGAUUACUCCUUGGGAGAAGUCUAAUGCUACUGGUGAAUGUGGCUGUACUAAAAUGGUAUGGACUGGAGUUUAAUAAAACCAAGAUGACUUCAAAAGAAAUUAUGGAAUGUACAGAUAACAACACCUUCUCAGCAACAAAGUAUUUUUACAUAUUCUAGUGACAGAUGCAUUUACUUUCCCAGAAAAUGGUUGUCCUUUGCUCUAUCAUCAGAUUUGAAAAUCUUCAUGAACUGAAGCGACUGUGCCACUGGGGCCCCGUUGUAGCCAUUUCUGUGAUAAUAAUAUGUUCCACCAUGGCAGUGAUUGACUCCAUCCUUUGGUACUGGCCCUUGGAUACUCCUGGAGGGAGUAUUAAUUUUAUCAUGCUGAUAAACUGGACAGUUCUCAUUCUUUACAACUACUUCAAUGCCAUGUUCGUUGGUCCAGGGUACAUCCCCCUCGGAUGGAAACCGGAGCGCACUGAAGACAGUAAGUUUUUACAGUUCUGUAGAGUUUGCCAAGGUUACAAGGCUGCCCGUGCACACCAUUGUCGCAAGUGCAACAGGUGUGUCAUGAAGAUGGAUCAUCACUGUCCAUGGAUCAACAAUUGCUGCGGCCAUCACAACCAUGCCUACUUCACACUGUUUCUGCUCUUAGCACCACUUGGCUGCAUUCACGCCGCCUUCAUUUUUAUUAUGACGAUGUAUACACAGCUGCACGACAGAAUCUCCUUUGCAUGGAGUGCUGUGCGGAUAGACAUGAGCUCUGCCAAAAGGGAUCCUCGUGCUCUUGUUCAGUUUGGGAUGCCUGCCUUUGCUGCAUCUUUAUUUGCCCUGGGGCUGGCAUUGGGUACAACUAUUGCAGUAGGAAUGCUUUUUGUUAUUCAGAUGAAAGUGAUCUUGAGAAAUAAAACGUCCAUUGAAUCAUGGAUAGAAGAAAAGGCCAAGGACAGAAUCCAGUAUUACCAGACAGGUGAACACUACAUAUUUCCGUAUGAUCUUGGAAGCAAAUGGGCUAAUUUUAAACAAGUAUUUACUUGGAGUGGGGUUCCUGAAGGCAAUGGAACAGACUGGUUGGUGAAGGAGGGAUGUCAUCCAUAUGCCUUAACUAUCGAACAACUAAAGCAGAAAGCUGACAAGAGAGUAAGAAGUGUUCAGUACCGAGUGAUUGAAAACUACAAUGGUGCUUGUUGCCCACUGACUAAAGGUAUCCGAACAUUUUUUACUGCUCCCUGCACAGAAGAACCACGGAUCAAACUUUGCAGAGGGGAAGUCAUUUUAGCCACAAGAGGCCUAAAACACUGGAUGUAUGGAGAUAAAAUUCUUAAUGAAGAACAAGUUAAAGCUGGUAUUCGCAUUCGAGGCUGGUUUCCAAGGCGAUGUGUAGAGAAAUGCCUUUAUGAUACUGCUACAGGUCAACCAGCAGAAGAAAAGAAGGAGCAGUAGAUCAUAAUGUGUCCUUCAUGCUGAGUGUUCUGAUGAUAGAAUUCCUUACUUGAAGCCCUUUGUAUUGUUUCACAAUUAUGCAAUUUAUCUGCUUUUAUAAAGUCAGUGUUUGUCAUGCCAUUUGACAUACCCUUUGUACCAUUGUGUAAAGCAGUUUUAUUCUGAUUUUGUACCUUUGACAAGACUCCACCCUUUGUCACAUAGCAGUUUCAAAAAUAAACCUUGUUUCAGCUAA